AGGCACACACGUAUUCAUCAAAAUUAUCGACCAUACCGCUGCUCUUGGAAGAAAUGCGGCAAGACGUUCAUACAACGCAGCGCCCUGACGGUUCAUAUGCGUGUGCACACGGGAGAGCGUCCACACCAGUGCAAAGAUUGUGACAAGGCUUUUGCCGAUUCGAGCUCUCUGGCCCGUCAUCGCCGCAUUCACACCGGUCGUCGACCCUACAAGUGUCUCGUCGAGGUGAGUGUCUGUCUGCUACACGAAGAAGCGCUCGACUGCUGA